GCAACAAUAAUGUCGCCGGCGGCAACAGUAGCACUCUGUAACUAUCAUCUCUUCAGCCUUUUCUUCAUCACCUCUUCUUCUUGCUUUCCACUCUUACUAUUAUUCCUUGCUCGCUCCUCGGAAGGGGCAGCCUCCAGAGACGGGGGCGCACUCAGCCAGUCUGCGGCGGCGACUGCUAACUUCCGCACUGCUCCGCUCACGUCUCUCCUCCCACCCACCACGUGCCGCCCACCUUCACCCAAUGCUAAUAAAGGCUUGAGAGGAGGAAGAGCCGCAUCGUUGAAGGUUGUUCACAUGCAUGGGCCCUGCUCACCACUUGACCAGGCCGCUCGACUCUGACCCAGAUUCUCACCCAGGACGAGUUGCGGGUCCACUCAAUUCACGCUCGAGUCAACUCAGACAAGACCAAUCCCCUCCGCGACUCGUUGAAGAAGAAACGCAGCGACCCAGUCGCCGACUCGAAGGCCAAUGUCCCCGCCGCACGCGGCACCGCCCUCGGCAGCGGCAACUACAUCCUGCUACUCCCAGAAGGACCGGAUUUUCGAUCCCAAAUUCUCCGGCACGUAUUCCAACGUGUCAUGUUCAUCCGCGGCUUGCUCCGGCCUGAAAGCGGCAACCGGAAAUGAACCCGAUUGCGCGUCGUCGACGUGCGUUUAUGGGAUAGAGUACGGCGACUCGUCGUUCUCCGUCGGCUUCUUCGUGAGGGAUCGGUUGAGCUUGACGCCGUCAGACAUCGUAGAAAACUUCCUGUUCGGGUGCGGGCAGAACAACCAGGGGCUUUUCCGCAGCACCGCAGGACUUCUCGGCCUCGGCCGCGACGCGCUCUCGGUCGUCUCCCAAACCGCGGGAAGGUACGGCAGUUACUUCUCCUACUGCCUCGCCACGAAAAGCGGAUCUGAGGGUCACCUGACUUUCGGGAGGAGCGGUGGCGGUGCUUCAGGAAGCGUCAGAUUCACGCCGUUCGCAAAGGGCAACGCGUUUUAUUUCAUUGAAGUCCAAUCGAUCAUUGUGGGCGGAAAGCAACUACCGAUUAGCCCGGUGGUUUUCCAGACCGCCGGGAUGAUCAUCGAUUCCGGCACUGUCAUAACCCGACUCCCACAGGCGGCGUACUCCGCUCUCAGAUCCGCAUUCCAACAGGGGAUGGGCAAGUACCCGACGGCGCCGGGGGUGUCCAUACUGGACACCUGCUACGACCUGAGUAACUACACAACGGUGACUGUGCCGAAGAUAUCCUUGGUGUUGAGCGGCGCGGUGUCUCUAGAUCUGCCGUUCGCCGGAAUCCUGAUGGCGAACGGGGCGUGGCAGGUUUGUUUGGCUUUCGCCGGCAACGGAGACGCCGGCGACAUGGGUAUUUUGGGAAACACUCAGCAGCAGACUUUUGAAGUGGUAUACGACGUCGCAGGGGGGAAGCUGGGAAUAGGUGCUGGUGGUUGCACUCAACACUCGGAAAUGUACUAAAUAGGACUAAAACAUAAUAACUUUCCUAAUGUAGGACUUAGUGGGAAGAAUAAUGUCAUGUAAUGACGGACAUUUACUUGAAUAAUGAAACACUAUCAUA